AUGUCAGAAUAUGGUGAUGAUGUAGAGGUAGAAAUGGGAGACAAUCCUUUCGCAGACAUCGAGGAGUACAUUGAGGAUACUAACGCUAUUGUGUCUCCUGCCGUUGGCGCUGCAAUAUUUAAAGUGGAACACGAUUUAAUUCUUAUGCUCAAGGCAAAAGGGCUCUUCAGAAGUUCCACCGAUGAUGAUCCAACGCAACACCUUAGGAUUUUCUUGGGUGUGUGUGCAAUGCACAAGCAAAACAAUGUCUCUGAAGAUGCCCUGAAGUUGAGAUGCUUCAAGUAUUCUCUAGCUGGGGAUGCAAGGAAAUGGCUCCAGAAUCUGCCACCCAACUCUAUCCAUUCUUGGCCCGAACUUGUCCGGGCAUUUUUGUCUAAGUGGUUCCCGCAAAGUAAGAAGUCGGAGUUGCGGGAUAAGAUCUUCUUCUUCAAGCAAAUACAUGGAGAGCAGUUGCAUGAGUCAUGGGACCUCUUUAAAUUAUAUUUGGUGAGGUCUCCAAACCAUGGUUUUCCGGAUUCCAUGUUAUUGGAAAAUUUUUAUAUGGGUUUAGAUCCUAUGAAUCAAGCCAUUGCCAAGAAUGCAGCUGACGGAUCUUUCAUGGACAAAUCAUUUGCAAGAGUGACACAAAUCCUAGACAAAAUGUCUAAUCACAACCAAGCAUGGCACUCCGAGGAUACUACCGGUGGAAUUACGUAUGGUUCUCCUUCCUUAAACAAUAUGCUCAAGAAAAAUCAAGAGAGAGAUCAGGUGAUUGCAGGGCUUGCUACAAAUGUCAAUGUGUUGACAAAGAUGUUCACCGCGAAUCAAACAAAGAAAGUGAAUGCAGUGGAAGAUGUGCAGCCCAUAUUAGAUGAGAAUUUUGAGGAAGAAUAUUAUAUCAACAACCCUCAAGGAGGGUAUCAAAGGCAACCCUACCAUGGUGAAGGGCAACAGAACCAAUGGAGGCCUAACCCGCAAGGGCAAGUCAACCAACAAUGGAGAAAAGAUCAAGGUAAUUCGCAUCAAGGAAAUUGGAACUACAACAACAACUUUGCAAACCGUAGCUCCAACCCGUAUGUUCCCCCAAAAGGUCAAUAUACAAAUCAAGGGUCGUCAAGUGAAUCUAAGUUAGAAAGCUUGCUUGAAAGAGUAUUGCAAAACCAAGAAAAGUCUGACGCAUCCAUGAGAAACAUGACCGAGCUUGUUGGCUCUCACACUGCAUCUAUUCAAAAGUUGGAGAUGCAAAUGAGAGACCUUUCUAGAGAGCAAAACCCAAAGCAAAAAGGUCAACUUCCUAGUGAUACUAUUGCAAACCCAAAGGGUGGAAGUGGCUCAACUUCUCACGUCAUGGAAAUAACUACUCGAAGUGGGAAGGUUCUACAAGGAGAAACUGAGCAAGCGGUUGUAAGGGAAGAAGCUGAACAAGAAGUUGAAUCGGAAAAGCAAAGGGUUGUUGAAGUUGAAAGGGUGCCAGAAAAAGAGAAGGUGCAAGAAGUGAACCAAGAAGAGGUAAAGGAAAAAGUGAAGGAGACAUCAAAAGCUCCACUCCCUAUUCCUAGACCUCCUCCUCCUUUUCCUCAAAGACUUGUGAGAAGGGUUGAUGAUAGUAAGCUUGAGAAAUUCUAUGACAUUCUAAAGCAAUUAUCGGUGAACAUUCCAUUCUUGGAAGCUUUUCAAUAA